GUGAUUACCCACCGCUAGCAGAAGAGGGAAGAGGGCUGAGCCUUGAAGCUGCCGGGGGAACUUGAAGAGAGCAGGGGGAGGAGGAGGAGAAGAAGGAUUGAUAUAACAAGAGCGGCUGUCGAUGCGCAGCGCAAUUCUCACUCACUCCAAGUGUUUGAACCAAGAGCGAUAAAGGGGAGCGGGCUUUCCAUUCAUUUCAAGCGCAGGCAACUUUGCUUUCUUGAGUCCGUGGCGCGGGUCCGUUCACCAUUUAAUACUUAUAUUUUAACAUUUUUUAACGAGACAUCAGCAGAUUUGAAACUUCACGAGACCUGCGAGCCGGGGAGUUUGUUCCCUGCUGAACUGCAUGACAUUUAUUUUAAGGACUUGAGAGCCUGACAGACUUUCUUCACCUACCUACCGCGUGGUGUGGGAUUUGGAGCUGAAACGGGGACUUCUCAAAUGCAAAAGUACAUGUAUGAGAAAGCAAUGGCCCAAGAGACAAGGAACGGAGGAACCUCUACGUUAAAUAACAACAAUGGUGUUGACAACAGUAAGAAGAAGCUGCUAAUAGCGCUCGACAUCUUCUGUCUUCUACUUGCUAUGCUGCCCAGCCUGGUUCUGCACCGUACCUCUAUUCGUCCAUACCAGCGGGGUCUCUACUGCAGUGACUCCAGCCUGAGAUACCCCUACAAGAAGAGCACCGUCCCCUCCUCAGUGCUUACUUCUGUUGGCUUGACACUGCCCGCGGUGUCCAUUGUGAUUGGAGAAUGCUUCAGGAUUCACCAACUACAUGAGGGAACCAAGUCUUUUGUUGGGAAUCCUUACGUCGCAGCCCUCUACAAGCAGAUGGGUGUGUUUCUCUUUGGAUGUGCCGUCAGCCAGUCGUUCACAGACAUUGCCAAGGUGUCGGUGGGUCGUAUGAGGCCCCACUUCUUAGAUGUGUGUAAGCCAGAUUUCUCCACCAUCAACUGCUCGCAGGGAUACAUCACCAACUAUACCUGUGCUGGCUAUGAGAGUGAUGUGCAGGAGGCCAGAAAAUCCUUCUUCUCAGGACAUGCCUCUUUUUCAAUGUAUACCAUGCUCUACCUGGCUUUUUAUCUCCAGUCCAGGUUCUCAUGGCGUGGCGCUCGUCUCCUCCGCCCGCUGCUCCAGUUCACCCUGUUGAUGAUGGCCUUUUACACCGGCCUAUCACGUGUGUCCGACCACAAGCACCACCCGACCGACGUCCUGGCUGGCUUUGUGCAGGGAGCCCUGGUGGCCUACUGCAUAGUGUUCUACGUGUCAGACCUGUUUAAGCCCCGGGUGAAGCCAGCCACGCCCCCGCCCUCCCCGAUCAAGAAGGAGCUGCUCCCUUCUUCCGACAUCAUCGAGAGGAACAACCACCACAACAUGGUGUGAGAGAGAGGCCGCGACUACUUCCUGCGACCGAGGAGCCAAUCACAGCGCUGCUCACCUCCCAUCGGACAGUAGAAUGUAGCGACGAGAGACUGUAGCUGCUUCUCAAACGGCACCCUCCUCCCUUUUCUGCGGCGCCCAGCGAGGCGCUGUGUGGACUAGGGUGUCAGAUUUGAGAUUUGCACAGCAGAGUCCACUCUCACUAUCCAGACAUUUUUUAUUUACUAUUAUGUCAACUACUAAUCAACAUUUGAGCCCAUCAUUUUGAGCACAAACAGAAAAGAAUUGGAAGCUAAAAGGCAAAACGAAUUAAGAAAUUGACUUGACAGGCAGAGCUGAGGGUGUGGAGGUUUGAUGGAAGUGUAACCACAUGAAGGGAAAACACUUGUGAAGAAAAACAAAUGAAGAAAAGACACAAAAAAAGACAAACCCCCUGCCUAGGGAGAGAGGGGGUCCCAGUGAUGCUUCCUCUCUGAACUCUCUGUGGCCUUGGAACAUCGUAGGACAACAACUUCCUUUGCUAUGGGAAGGAUAUUACUGCAAUAACUAGCAGCAUAGAAAUAUUAACAGUAUAGAAAAAUAUAACUUAUAGCACUGUUUUUAAAGUUCAUUGUCCAUUAUCACCACUUGCUGCCUGAGACGUCAAACUGACAGAAAACUUGAUGAUGCUGACACACACGAGACAGAAAUAUCGACUCCUGGAAGCUGAGCGAGCCUGAUGUGGUUGUUUCAUAAGACUCCAUACUCAGGCAGGAUAAAGUUAGCAUAGCAUGGCUUCUAUAACAAUAACCCUGCACCAGUAGGUCCACUGUAAGGAUCAUAUACUGAUCUUUUAAGGCCGUUGUAACAGAGCAGAGCAGAGCAGUCCGUCGGCUGUCUUUCUUCUUAAAUAACCUGUGUCUUUAAGAAGUGAAGCGACCUCAUAUACCUCUGUCUCCAGAUCAGCACGUCAAGCUUUUUGCAGUGGACUCUCAGAGCGGCCCAAACCCGGGAUGUUGCAUUUCUUGAGGGUUAGAUGUAGUAAAAGGGGGGAUGUAUUCUGUGGAAGGAGGGAGGCAGAUCUCACAGCCGCCCAGCACCUGUAUAAGAGGCGUGGCUGUGCCAUGCCACUUCCUGGUGUUGGGGAGGGGGCAUCUGUUUGGCUUCCGUAACAGGAAGUGGACGGGUGGACAGAGUGAAGGGGUGCGGGCUGUCACCAUGGAAAGAGGGUGAUGAAUUACAGCUAAGCUGGCACAUUAUUUUGGGAUGAUUUGGGCUCUUUCCGCUGGCAGGGAGGGGCUCUCACCCACCCAAUCACUCAUUGGCGAUGGAUGUUUGUCUCUCAGUGUGUGUGUGUACACUCCUGUGCUUGUGUGGGUACGCUUGUGCUUGUACAUGUACAUCCUGUGUGUGUGAAUGUGUGUACAUAUGUAUGAGCGCUGUGAAAAGGAACCCCCCCACCUCUUGAUAAACUACGUGUGUGUUUAGUAAAACACGCACACUGUCAGCUGUGCCAGGUGUGUCUGUGUGUAUGUGUGUGUGUGCGUGCGUGUGUGUGAGAGCGAGAGCAGGUGAGAGUUAUAAAAACUGUGGAUCUAAUAUUUUUAUUCUUUGCUAAGAAGCAUCUUUUAACCUUGUAUGUUUAUAGCCUGUCCCUGUAUAAUCACUAAUAGUUGUACAGUACAGACACAGAAUCCCUUUUUAUUUUACAGCCGACUCAGAUAUCCUCCUCCAACAACACACUCCGCCAUGUUGCACAUCUUUCUCAUCGUAUAGUCCGUCCUAUCAUUUCACCAAGCCGUUUUCACUCUUUUUAUAAAUAUAUAAAUAAUGUAUAGAUCACUAAAAUUAACUCUGUAAGAUAUUGUUUCUUAACAUGUUUAGAUAUAUCCACUAUGAUUACAGACCUGUGUUCUCUACAAAAUGCUGCUUAAAAAGCAUCGAUUGACAGAUUUUUGUAUCUAGAUAACUAAACUAUUGUAGAUUGUUAUAGUUACGUUUGUAAUAUGCAUUCAACAAAAAAUACACCCACAAUUGUAUUAAAAUUCAAUAUUAGUAUUUUUGUAUUGUCUCGUUUUUUUGUACAAAGACAUAGUUGCAAUGCUGUUUUUUCUGCUAAAUGUACUUAGCUCUAAUACAUGUGCUUUUAAAUAAAAAGCUCAUUAUGAACACAA